AUGGCAGAAAGUUGCCCACAAAUCUGCAUGGAGCCCUUGGUGCCGAAGCCAGCUGAAACGCCCAUAGAGCAACUACAAGCGCUUGUGAGUCUCGUCGAAGCUGCGAGACUGCAGUCUCGGCCCCUCACUGCUGAGGAGGAUGCCAAGAUUGAAGCUGCCCGCGAUUCCAAGGCCCCGCUAGUCGCGAUCGCGGCGAUGCAGGCAGGCGAUGCAGAUCGCACGGAGCUGUGCAGCCUUGGCCACCGCCUUUGGGCAGCUUUGGGCUAUGCAACUUCCGAGAAGAAGCAAGAUGCAAAAUGCCGAAACUUGGCCUGCGAGCUCUACGCUGCGGGCUCUAAAGGCUCCAGUGAGAGUGUGAGUCAGGAGAUGCUGGCGAUCCACUGGGCACUGGCCGGGCGCGCAUGGGUCCUGGCGUCCGACGACCAAAAAGCACUUUUCUGCUUCGCGGAAGCCUUGCAACCAUUCAGAGCGCAACCACAGCGCUGCCAUGCCAAACUGGCAGAGCUUGCGGCACAGACAAAUUUGUGGAUGGCCGAUGCCCAUUUUCGGCAAGCGACCUACAAGGAAGCCUUUGCAGACCUCGCGGCUGUCCGCGAGCUGCUUGCCCUCCGUCCUGAGAUUCGACCAGCACAGUUGGACGCACUGCUUUUUCACUGCCACAAACAGGCUGUCUCCCAUCACUCUGCGGGCAACUUUACGGAAGCGGUUGAACUGCUGAACCUCGCGGUGGCAGCGGUGCCAGUAGGCGGCUCAUCCAAGAAAUGCAGGCUGUUUCGCAUGUUGGCUGUCUGUCACAUGGACUUGUCCGAUCUGGACCUUGCUGUGGCCCAUUCUCAGCAGGCAGUCGCAGAAGCUCCGAAUUCGGAAGAGCGGCGGCUGGCACUGCAGGUCCAGCUCACGGCUCUGGUUCAGCGCAGAUCGCGAGGUGCAAUUGGCCACCAGGGCUUGUACGACGCACAAAGCAAGGUGCAGGAACCCGGCCAAGUGGACGCAAGUGCUUCGGGCUCUGAGUUCCAAACACUGGCCAACGAUGUCUUUGCAUCCAACCCGCGGGUUGCAGAGGAGGAGAAGAGACGCUGGGGGGCCGAGAAGGGCUUCACUUCGCUCUUGGACCCCAGCCUCGAUCCGAAGCAGAAGAUCCCCAAACAGGAAUACCGGCAUGGCUUGAGACGAGUUCCGCAACGAGGAUGGUCUGAUGAAGAGACAGGCCAAGAUCAGCCUUUACUUCGCCCUGUAUUGGCGAAUGAGUUGCCCCGAGAGGACUUUCAUUUUAAUCGAUGGAGGUGCAUAUUCCACCCUGAUCGUGCAGUGGAGACGCUGGGACCUGCUGCUCAUCUCGAGUUGUCAAUACUGAGUGCCCGGGAUCUCGUCGGAGAAGAAGUUUCCUUGACGUUGCAGCCUUCCUGCAAUCCCUAUGCCAAGGUCUACCUUGAUGAUCGGCUCGCUUGCAGGACCAAGUGCCAACAGCGAACAACGACACCAGACUG